AUUCGACCCGCCUAAGUAGCAAUAUGUGUUUUGUUUAGACGCAUUGAGCCAUUGACAACAACAUGCAAAAGACUAAUUAAUCCCCCAACUUUCCCAUUUUUCAAAGUGUACAAAAUAGCACAGAUUUAUUGAAGUCACCAAGUCACUAUCGUAAUUAAGGAAUUUCAGACUUUAUAGCGCGUCCAGAUUUUAAGAGCCGUUCAUUCCACCUACUAUUCACGCCACAAAUUUAUUGAAGCAAUUCAACCAACGCACACGCCACACACCACCAGUCUCCGGGCCUCGUUGCCUUAACCAACACCUUGCAACAACCAUGUUGCUGUAUGAUCACCAACCAACAUUUAUUUUCUCAAGUAAUCGUCCUAUAAAUUCACAUAUAUGAUAAACAUCCAAUUUCCUAUCACAAGUAAAGACACCGAAAUGGAUAUCACCACCACUAACGGUGGCGUAUGGGAGAGACAUGUUGCAGUUUUUGCAUUUCCUUUCGCUUCUCACCCUCCGCUCCUUCUAAGCCUAGUCCAGAGACUAGCCUCUGCCGCCCCUACGGCGGUUUUCUCCUUCUUCAACACCCGAAAAUCUAACCGGACAUUGUUCUCUGAGCUCAGUUGUGACAACAUACGGCCGUAUGAUGUCUCCGACGGCAUACCAGAGGAUUAUGCUUUUGUGGGGAAGCCUCAGGAGGAUAUUAACUUGUUUCUGGCGGUGGCGGAGGAGGAGUUUAGGAGGGGUGUGAAUGUGGCGGAGGAGGAUAUCGGACUGAGAAUCAACUGCCUGGUGGUGGAUGCUUUUAUUUGGUUUUCCAGUCAGAUGGCGGAGGAUUUGAACAUUCCUUGGGUGUCGUUUUGGACUGCCGGAGCUUGUUCUCUCUCUGCACAUUUUUACACUGACCUCAUUAGGGAAAAAGGUGCUCAACUCAAAGGUAAUUCAGUUGGGCCUGACAAGGAAGUGGUUGACUUGAUCCCUGGAUUCUCAACGAUUCGAGUAGGCGACUUACCAGGUGGAGUCCUCUUUGGAAACCUCGAAUCACCAUUCUCAACCAUGCUACAUAACAUGGGAAGAACCCUAGACAAAGCCACCGUUGUUGCAAUAAACUCAUUUCAAGAACUAGACACUGAUCUCACCAAAAACCUCUCUUCAAAAUUCAACAACUUUCUCAACAUUGGUCCCUUCCAUCUCAUCUCCAAACAAAAACCAACGUCCAAAUUUGAUGAAUUUUCAUGCAGUUCUUGGUUAGAUAGUCAAAAGCCAAGAUCAGUGGCCUACAUCUCCUUUGGCACAAUAUGCAGGCUUCUGCCAGAUGAGAUAGUCGCUUUGGCUGAAACACUUGAAGAGACCAAAACCCCGUUUCUUUGGUCACUCAACAACGAUUUCAUGAAGCAUUUACCAGAUGGGUUCUUGAAGAGAACAACUGCGAAUGGAUUAGGGAAAGUUGUAUCAUGGGCCCCACAGGUACAAGUCUUGGAGCAUUUCGCAAUAAGUGUGUUUGUAACACAUGGUGGAUGGAACUCUGUGUUGGAGAGCAUUGGAGCUGGUGUUCCGAUGAUAUGUAGGCCGUUUUUAGGGGACCAACAGAUGAAUACUUGGAUGGUUGAGAGAGUUUGGGGGAUAGGGGUGAGAAUUGAAGGCGGGAAAUUCACGAAAGAAGGAACUAGUUGUGCUCUUGAACAUAUAUUAUCGCUCAAUGAUUCGUCGAAAAAGGUGAAGGAGAGGAUUGAAACUUUGAAAGAGCUUGCUCACGAGGCAGUUGGAUCAAACGGGAGUUCUAAUCAAAAUUUCAUGACUUUAGUGGAUGUGGUCACUAAUGCCACCCUCUGAUCUUCUGUCUUGGAGCAUUAUAAUGAAUUGAAGUUGUGAAAGUCAUUAUGUUAAUGCAGCUAUCUAUAGUUUUUAGUUUUAAUCUUGAUUUUUUUAGAAUUUUAAUUAAAGAAAUUAUCAAGGAUAAUGACUAAAAGUAAUAUAUUUUUCGAUUUAUACAUAUUUAGUCAUUGGGUUUUUUUAUUGUUCA